AUGAGAGAUGUACCAGCAGCUUCUGCAGGCUCUGCAGCUAUGCAACGACGAACUGGUGGAAAUGCUCCUGCAAAUGGUACCGAUCCUCCAACUAUAGGACCUGCGCCUAAAGGAACAAGUGGUUUAGCUCGUGGAGCAGUACCACGCACCAAAUUCUCAGAAGCAUAUCGUUCCAUCUUCACUCUCAGUCAACCGGACCUCAUUCCACUUCUCAAACAUGUAAACUGCAAUUAUUUGUCUACCAAAGGUCAUUCACCUACAGUAUUGGAAUUGAAACAACAUGCUCAAGCAUUGGUCAUUCUUCUCAAACAAAUUACCCUCUCAACUCGAGCAGGAGUUGUCGAUAACACGAAUCUAAAUGCCUUUACAGAAAUUGGUCCUAGAGCUCCUAGUUUUAACGAGAAUGAAACUUUCGACUUCCUCAACGAUCUUAAUAAUGUAUAUGAUAACAAUACAGUUCAUCACAAUCUUCCGCUCCCCACUCUCCUCAAUACGCUAGAGCCUCAAUAUGUCGAACCUGGAACCAUGGUAAAUCCAGGACAACCAGAUCAUUACGUCGAUAUUGAUAUCUGUCCCUUACAUCCAGUGGAUCCCGCACCUCUCGAUGGUCCAUCUCUUCCAUAUGCUACUCACGAAGCACUUCUUAAGCAUGCAAAUGAAGUCCUCGAACUGAUUGAUCAUGAAUAUAGUGCCAAAGGAGGUCUUCUAGGUGUACUUCCUCAUGAAACUGGUGAUGAAGAUCGACCUCUAGCAGAAACUACUCUCCUAGGUCAAAUGAUCCUCUACAUCCAACGACUGGUCGCGCGUCUCCACAAUCUUGAACGUCUUCACGCAAACGCGAUGGAUGUAAUGAAAGGAGAAGCCGUUGUUCCACAUCAAGCUCUCUCCCGUGUGGGUCCAGAUGGCCGCAGUGGACGCGAGCUCGUCUAUCCUCAAGAUCGAUUCGUUCUCGUCAAUGCCGGAGACGACAUCUGGCAAUUCCUGAACGAUGAAUUCGAGAAAAAAGAACGCGUGGAUGAACAAAUUCGCGCAAAUCAUCUCCGUCUCGGUAUCGAAGGUGAACGUCUCUGGGAAACGAAAGGCGGAAAAGAAUAUUCACGCGGCAUCACAGCCAUCGACGUCGUAACCCGCUACUAUCGUCUCCGCAACGACAGUCUCAAAACCAUCUUCGUAAUCCCCGCCCACGCCGAACAUCCCGGCGUAAAAGUAACCCGAGAAAUGGAACGCAACCCCACCGUCGUCUCCGUCGUAAAACCCAUCUGGCCCGAACGCGUUUCCGUCUGGGAAAAGCAAACGCGGGAUGAUCUGGAAGAACUCCGCCAACUCCGCAGAGACAACAGUUCUCUCCGCGAAGCCGCCGAAAUCUCAAACACCGAACGCGCCUUCCUCCUCAACGAAGUAAAAACCCAACGCGGUAACGUCUACCGCAUCAAAGAAAAACUCAAAACCUUCACCGAAGGUCCCAUCCGCGAUCAACUCUCCAUCGAUCUCGACCUGCGACGCGAAACCCUCGAACAAGACCUCAACGACUUCGCCACGCAACGAGCCGAACUCGACAUCCGCGCACAAGAACUCGAAAUCCACGCUCAAACCCUUGCCGCAGCCGAACAAACCUCCACUCAUCGUCGCGCAACAGAAACCCAACAAUUCGCUGCGCGACGCGAGGCUCUUGAAAAUAUAUAUAAGCAGCGACUUGUUGAUCUUGAGAAUGAUCGGUUGGCGGCUGUGGAAUCGGGGACGCGUCUUGCGGAUGAGUUCCAGAAUGCUUGGACUGAACAGUUGCAGAAUACGCAGACGCUGGUUAGUUUUUUGAAUAGUGAUCGGGCGAAGAGUUUGUUGGCGGAUAAUUUGAUUCCGGAUGAUAUUGGGAAGAGGGGGAUUAGGGGGGCGCAGGAUGUGGUGGAGAGGGUUUUGAAGAGGCUGGGGAAUCCGCAGGGGGAGGGGGACAAGGCCUUAACAAUCAAUAAUAUAUGUAUGCUCUGA